AUGAACCUCAACAUGGGCGCCGUGCGCAACCCGCCGCGCCACGUUACAUUCGGCGCCGUUGCCUUCUUCAUCAUCGUCCUCUUCGUCGUCUUCACCCCGCGGACGCCACACCUCGACGUGUCCCGGCUGCAGUCUUCAACGGGUUCCGCUGCACCACCCGCCGCCGCCGCCGCCCCCCUUGCCGGCGGCAAGACCUCGUCCAAGACGUCGUCGUCUGGCUCGGGGUCGGCCCCCGCCGCCUACAAGAGCAACGCCGAGAAGCUCUACGGCAACGACUACCACGGCCACUCGUCGCCGUCCGACAUCAACCGCGUCACCAACGACACGCUCGGCUUCUCCAAGAUCUUCGUCGUCGGCCUGCCCGAGCGCAGCGACAAGCGCGACGCCAUCGCCCUCACCAGCUCCCUGACCGGCUUCCACGUCGACUGGGUCGAUGGCGUCAAGGGCGAGUCCAUCCCCGACAAGGCCGUGCCCUUCGGCACCGACCGCAAGAAGUUGUGGGAGAGCAACCUGGGGAGCUGGAGGGGACACAUGAAUGCCAUCCGCAGGAUUGUUGAGGACGAUCUCGAGUCUGCCCUCAUUAUGGAGGACGACAUGGACUGGGAUGUACGCUUGAAGCCGCAGCUGGAGCGAGUAGCCCAGGGCGCCCGUGCUCUCCUAGGUUCCAAAUCCAACCCGGCGUCCCCCUAUGGCGACGACUGGGACAUCCUCUGGCUGGGCCACUGCGGCGAGGUCUUUCCCGAGCUGUUGGACGAGAACAAGGGCAAGCCCGCGGACGACAAGGGCAUCAAGUACAUGCAGCGCAAGUUCGUCAUCGAGAAGGACGCCACGGUCCCGCCGCUGGACAAGGUCACCGGCCUCAUCGACUUCAAGGCCAGCCCGGAACACACCCGCUGGGUGCACAUCACCGGCGCCCCCAUCUGCACGUUUGCCUAUGCCCUGUCCCAGAAGGGCGCCCGCAAGGUCCUGUUCGACCUUUCCGUGGACCACCUCAACGGUCCCUUCGACAACUCCCUGGCCUGGCUCUGCAGGCGCGCCGUCUCGUCUGUUGGCGCGCCAGAGGAGAAGGCCGGAGACCGCGGUCUGGAUACGAAGUGCCUCAGCGUGACGCCUCCGAUCUUCUUCCACCACAAGGCCAAGGGUAUGAUGAGCGGGGACAGCGAUAUCCAGACGGUGGCCGACGGUGCUGUUCGCGAAAAGGGUGUCACGGAGAAUAUCGUCUGGAGUGCGAGAAACAACAUUCGGAACAUGAUCAUGGGGACGAGGAUGGAGAGCCAGUACGAGGACAUUUCGAGUUCAAAGUCAUCCUGA